AUGCACACGCCAUGGGCGUACAACGAGCUGUUAUGGGACCAACUCCGGGGGGUGAGAGCGCCGAGCUCCGGAGGCGCACAGAGCUCCUCUGCAGGGCUGGGCCCGGGGCGCUCGGACAACGCCUCUCCCCCACCAGAAGUUGAGCCCAUAAAAGGGGACACCUCGGUCCUCGCCGGCCUGUACGGCCCAGCGGAGGUGAAAGUCAGCAAGGAGCUGUACGACAAGGCCACUGUGGAAGUGCUGCUCAAACCCAAAGUGGGGCUCCCGGGUGUCUUCGAGAAGAACCGGGAGCAGCUGAUCAGGAAGACGUGUGAGGCGGUUAUCCUGGGCGCCCUGCACCCCCGAACCUCCAUCUCCAUCGUGCUGCAGGUGAUCAGCGACGCGGGCGCCGUAUCCUUCACCGGCAGCCCAGCCGGGGGCGCUCUCCAGCGGGGACCCCCCUGCUCCUCUGGCCUGAGCCCGACGGAACUACUGCCUGUCGCCUCUAGGGGCAGCAGCGCUGUGGCAGUGGCUGUCCUGGGUAUUGGUCUCCCAUCGGGCACUGGGCUGGGGCUGCCUGCUCGACUGAACCCGCCGGGGGGAUGGCAGCCUGGGGUCCCGUCCCCCCCAGCCCUGCUGGUGCCCUCACUCCCGACCCGCACGCCCCUGCCACGCCCACGCCCCUCGCCCCCCCCACGCCCUCGCCGGUGGGAUCCUGGCCUGCGAGGGUCCCGGGGUGAGCGGGGAAGGCCCCAGCAUGGUCUAUCCCCCCGCAGCGGCGUGGCCAGGCAGUUCACUGUCCCCCUUCCCUGGCAGGAGGCUCGGGCCGUGCUGACCUUCGCCAUCAGCAGCGUGGAGCAGCAGGUGCUCAUGUCCACCAGCAAGGGGACCUGCUCGGUGGAGGAGCUGCAGCGGUGUAUCGCGGCCGCCCAGCGGGCCAGCGGCGCCAUCUUCCAGUUCUACCGGGACUCCGUCCGCAGGAAAUACUCCAAGGCGUGAGGCCCCGGAUCCGUGAAACCGCUCCCGGCUCCUGCCCGGCCGCGCAGGCUGCGUCCGGAUCACCCCAAACCCGGCGUUUGCCGCCAUGAACUCUGUGCCGCGGUGCCCAUUAAAAAGGGGGUGUCCCCCCCCCGUGUGUCCAGCCA